GGCUAGCCAGGGCUCCAGCUCCUGUCGACGUGGUGCCGGCUCGGGGCGCCUUUGCCGAGCGGAGCUGAAACUCGCGGCUGUUGCUGCUAUGGGGCUGCGUAAGAAAAACAAGACACCGCCGGUGCUCAGCCAUGAAUUUAUCAUCCAGAACCACGCCGACAUCGUGUCCUGUGUCGCCAUGGUCUUCUUGCUCGGGCUUAUGUUCGAGAUGACUGCUAAGAUAGCUGUUGCUUUCGUCACUCUUCAAUACAAUGUUACAUUGCCUGAAACAGGUGAAAAGAUGGAUCAAGUUAUUCUUUAUCAUUAUGGCUUUAAGGACUUGGCUACAAUUUUCUUUUACACAUUGGUUGCUAUCAUUCUGCAUGCCAUCUUGCAAGAGUAUGUGCUUGAUAAAAUCAACAGGCGAAUGCACUUUUCAAAAACAAAGCACAGUAAAUUCAAUGAAUCAGGACAACUCAGCGCCUUUUACUUGGCUUCUUUUGUCUGGGGAGCAUUUAUUCUAGCCUCGGAAAAUUAUGCAUCAAAUCCUACUAAUUUAUGGGAAAGCUAUCCACACACAUUGAUGCCAUUUCAGGUGAAAUUUUUCUAUAUUGCGCAGUUGGCUUAUUGGCUUCAUGCUUUGCCAGAACUUUAUUUCCAGAAAACCCGGAAGGAAGAUAUUCCCCGACAGCUUGUGUAUACCAGUUUGUAUAUUUUCCACAUUGCUGGAGCUUAUCUGUUAAACCUGAACCGUUUUGGCCUGGUACUUAUGGUGUUGCAUUAUUUUGUGGAACUUUUGUUUCAUGUUUCUCGUCUGUUUUACUUCAAUAAUGAAAAGAAUGAAAGGGGAUUCACCCUUUGGGCUUUCUUGUUUGUCGUGGCACGACUGCUUACCCUAUCUCUUUCUGUCCUCACAUUUGGAUUUGGCCUUGCUGGAGCUCAAAAUCAAAGUUUGGAUUUAACCACCGGAAACUUUAAUAUCUUGGCUGUGAGAAUAAGUGCCCUGGCUGGUAUUUGCCUGACACAAGCAUAUAUGAUGUGGAAAUUCAUUAACUUCCAACUCAAGAGGUGGAAAGAACAUGCACAAAUGCAGGCUCUAAAAAAGAAAGCUACCAAUACAAAGAGCAAAGCUACCAAAAAAGAAAAUAAAGCUAAUGGAGUAAAUGGGGUCAUCACUUUUGAAGAUAGAGACUCUCCACGUGCAAGAAAAGUAAAAUCUUCUUGAAAAUUUGACUACAUUGGUACAUAACUUGCCAAUUUCAUGAUUUGUUUCCACAUUUAAAAAAAUCUCCUCAAACGUUACUCAUGUGCUGCAACAAGCAACAUUUACUUCCAAAUACUUGUGUAAUGCUGUACAUUGGAAAGCCAAUAAAACUAAAGGGAAGGGAAAAUGGAGGGUGGGAAAGUGACUUUUUAUUCAAAUAAUUCCCGUCUAAGGAAUUAUUUCUUGAAUGGAGACUUUAUUUUUGACACUCUUUUUGUAAAAUAUUGCCCCUUAGCAGCUCCAAUGAAACUAUGGAAGGGAAGCAACUUCAAGGUGUUGAGAGAUCUUGUUUGAGAGCCACUAGCCUUGAGAAACCACAUUAUGGCUAGGGAUUCAGAUUUCCUAACCCAUAAUGUAGUUUCUCAGGUUUGAUCGUCUCUGUUGUGAUUCUGCAGAGAACCACACUUCCCUGAAAAUUUUUGUUUAAGAAAUGGUACAACUUCUGGGGAUACAGCAUGGAAUCUUUGAUAAUAGGGGACUGCAGUUGCAGAUCUCUCUGCUAUUAAGAAACUUGUGUGUGCUAAUUUGACAAAAACAAAACGUAUGCUACAACUUGGGGAUGGGAUGGGGUGGUGGGGUGGGGGGAGAGACUUGUUUGGGUGAUGCAGUUAACCUGGCUCUCUGAGGAACAGCACUUGCAGGGGACACAUUUACAGACAUUGCAGAGUGCAGUCCCUAAUUUACUGUGAUCUGCCCACUAGAAGUGCUAGCGACUGUUCUGGCAAGCAUGGCCAAGGUCUCACAGCAAUUAAAUAGAAAAAUUAAGAAUUUUGCAAGCAUAAUAUAAAACUGUGAGCUGCAAAGUUAGAAUUCAGGCAGUGACACUUUGUGAAAAAUAAAAUUUAUUUUUAACGUU